AUGCCGUCAGCAAUCAAGAGCAUCGGCGUGGUGGGAGCCGGUAACAUGGGCUCUAUGAUGACCCUUCGCUUUGCCGAACUAGGUCUUGCCGUCUCGGUCUGGGAUAUUGAAAAGAAGAACGUCGACGAAGUCGUGAACUACGCCAAAAACGACAAAAACAUCAAAGGCCAAGUCCAGGGCUUUUACAACAUCAACGAAUUCGCCAAAAGUCUUGAAGGGAAGUCCGAGCGGAAAUUGUUCAUGUUCUCCAUUACACAUGGCGAGCCCGCAGAUGAAGUUCUACGUAUGAUCAAGCCUGAUCUCAAGAAGGGAGACAUCAUCCUAGAUGGUGGCAAUGAGAACUAUCGAAACACCGAGCGUCGUCAGAAAGAAUGUGCUGCCAUUGGCGUCAGUUGGAUCGGCAUGGGCGUUUCAGGCGGUUACCAGUCUGCACGACGAGGCCCUAGUCUCUCACCCAGUGGAGAUGCCAAAGCGCUGCAACUUGUGAUGCCGUUCUUGGAGUCCUAUGCUGCAAAAGACCCGAAGAGUGGAACUCCGUGUGUCAAGCGCAUGGGACCCGGUGGUUCAGGUCACUUUAUCAAGAUGGUGCACAAUGGAAUUGAGGGCGGCAUGCUCUCUGUGCUUGCUGAAGCCUGGCAGUACAUGCAUGACGGCCUCGGCAUGGAACAUACGAAGAUUGGUGAUGUGUUCCAGAAAUGGAAUGAGGCUGGCGAACUGCGCAGCAAUUUCCUCAUCCAUAUUGGUGAAAAGAUUCUCCAUACGCGGAGAACCCCACAGGGCGACCACAAGGGCGAGGGAGCUAGUCGCGAUGACGGAUACGUGCUUGACGAUGUGCUGGACAAGGUUGUCCAAGACGAUGACAACACAGAAGGCACACCACUUUGGUGUCUGAUGGAAUCUGCCUCCCGCCACGUAUCGUGCCCUACUCUCGCUGCAGCCCACUAUCUACGUGUCUCGAGUGGAAACCGACAAGAGCGUGUACGCGCAGCCAAGAAGCUCGAAAUGCCCAUGCCCAAGCCAAUCGAAGGCACUAGGGACUACAAGGAGAUUAUCGAGAAUCUACGUCAAGCCGUGUACUGCGCCUUCCUGGCAUCCUUCUGCCAGGGUCUGGAGCUGAUCUCCCGAGCUUCGAUAGACGAAGGCUGGAACGUCAACUUGGGUGAUUGCUUGCAGAUCUGGCGUGCUGGGUGCAUCAUCCAGUCGGAUCAUAUCGCCGAUCUUCUCCAAUCACCACUGGCUGCACACAAUGAGCUGACAAAUAUAAAAUUUGUGGACUCUGUUGCCCAUGAGCUCCACCAGAGCUUCCGUGGUCUGAAGGAGAUCGUGAUGGAAGGCACCAUGUCGGAUCAGUACAUUCCUGCGCUUUCGGCUACUUUGGAAUAUCUGAAGUAUGAGGGCGGACUGGGACUACCAACCAAGUUCAUGGAGGCGCAGAUGGAUUACUUCGGUGCUCAUAACUAUAACAAGCCGGGGAUUCCUGGCGAGGACCCAGGCCCAGUGCAUAAGGGCCCUCACCAUUACGAAUGGCUGCCGGCUUAG